CUCCGAUUGACUCAAUGCAAGUCUGUCGAUGCAGGGCAGCCGGCGUUUCAGUCCUCGCCUUGUUUCCCAGACCUCGGCCUUUCAUGUGCCAGUGCCGUGCCAAGACGUCAACUGGCUCCGUUGCGUGUAAUGGACAUGGACAGAUCAACUCUCCUGUGUAAGAUUUCCCUCAUCUGCCAUUACCACCAAUUCUGGUCGGGAAUCAACAUAACCAGGGGGGAUGAAUGUCUCGAGAGCCAGACACUUCCAAACACCACUCCCAUCCCCCUUCAUCUCCAGAAAUCAUCUCCGAAAGAGAGACUUCUUCCGGACCCACCACUUGCACAGCUUGGGAUUUGGUGGCGUGGUAAGCAGCGACGCUCUCGCUUACCUUCGUUCGUCGUGGCUGCCGGGGACUGGCUCACGCCAGGGUCAGCCGACGGCCAGGCCCGCCCAGGCAACUCGCUGGCUCGGGCGCUUGUCGACCGACCUGUUGAGGAGGAUCGUCUUUCGAUUCGUCUCAUUCCCAGAGUUGUCUCAGACCGACAAGUUGGUGUUCGCCCCCUCCUUGCCCAGGCACUGCCAGGAAAACCAACGGUGCUUGAGGGAGCCGUGGUACACCGCAGCCCAGGGUCCAACUGCAGUACCGUGGACACGCAGAACCACCGGGUCUUCAUGCUGUGCCUUCCUCAACUGCCGUGCUGGCAGCGAGCCGGGUGGUGAAGAACCUGCAGAGAGAACGUGGUUGAAGGGGCGCAGGACUCGCCGGGAGCGAGCGAGGCGUGUCGUCUCGCUGGGCUCAAUGCCCUCCCAUGUUCGUUUCCCCGGGCCGCAGCCCUGCCAUGCUUCUGCGUCCGGCAUAACGAGAUGCGGCGCCUUGAGCCUCAAACCACAUGGCCCACCUCGGUCGGCAACCACAUCAAGAGAAAAGAGAGACCCGGCACUGCCCAGCAUCGGGAGGUUCGCGCCAACAGACCGCAGUCUCGGACUGCCCGACACUUCUACGACGAUAUGCCGACGCUGGCUGACGACUUCCGCCACGAUACUUGCCCGGUCGUCCCAGCAAACAGCUGCGGCGCAGAAAACGGACCACGAGGAACCUGGUUUGCCCGACGAGCCGGCAUGGCCAGAGCGACACAAGAAGCCAACUGUGCCGCAGAAGUGAGGGCAAUUCUCCAUCAGAAUUGUCAAAAACGACCCCGUCAGCCAAUAUCAGACAAGACCAGCCGAGGAGAGAGAUCUCCUGUCCAGCCACACGACGAUCUUUCCCUUCUCCCGCCCCCCAACCCCCGCACUGUGAGAAUCGCAAACACGCCUCCAGAAAAAGCACCUCUACAGAGCUUUCCCGCGCCAUGCGAAACGGCCACAGCCGCUCUCUUUCGGGCUCGAGCAACAUGUCAAAAUCCGUGUCCCGCGUUCUUCCAAAUCAGCGCUGAGACCUCGGAUCGACACCCGUCUUCAAAAAAAGAAACGGCCCAUCAGAAACA